AAGCGGAAGCGGAUGGUGUAAGACGACAACGAGGACUUCUAAGCGAAGGUGUUACACUGCAAAGAAACGCCAGAGGGACGCACAAAUCUAUUCUCCAUUCAUCCUCAUUGCUAGCAAUAUGACGAACUCAACAUAUCUCAACCCGGCGUCAAAAGUGACGAAACCAGUCUUUCCCAGUCAUGCUGGGACAGCUGGAUAUGCAAAGCUACUUGAUGCCGAAGAUGCUCUAAGCCGCUUUCGAGAGAAGUUCAUUAUUCCUUCGGUAGCCAACAUAAGAUCCAAGAAGCUAGCAAAGCCUGGUCUCUCACCUGAAUCUUCCAUAUACUUAUGUGGUAACUCGCUGGGUCUUCAGCCUAAAGCCACAUCAAAGUAUCUGGAAGCCCAGCUCGACACUUGGUCGUCCAUCGGGGUGCUGGGCCACUUCACCGAUCUGGAAGAUUCACCCCUUAAGCAAUGGCAAUUGCUAGCGGAGGAAGCCUCAGCACAGAUGUGCAAGAUAGUCGGAGCUUCCCAUAAAGAGGUCAUGGCUAUGGGCACGUUGACUAUGAACCUCCACUUGCUGCUGGCAAGUUUCUACAAGCCCUCCGAGACCAAGCAUAAAAUCCUGCUGGACUGGAAGGCAUUCCCCAGCGACCAUUAUGCCAUCGAAUCGCAAAUCACCUGGCAUGGUCUUGACCCGAAGAAAUCCAUGGUCUUCCUUGGACCGGAUGAUGGCGAAUUCGCUAUCUCGACAUCAAAGAUUCUAGCUGCCAUUGAUGAACAUGCUGAGGAAACUGCCGUCCUCCUUCUACCCGGCGUUCAGUACUAUACUGGACAGCUCUUUGAUAUACCGACAAUCACUGAGUAUGCGCGUGCUCGCAACAUCAUCGUUGGCUGGGAUUUAGCGCACGCUUAUGCCAAUGUCGAACUUAAACUCCACGACUGGAACGUGGAUUUUGCGGCCUGGUGUACUUACAAGUACGGAAAUGCAGGCCCUGGGUCCAUGGGUGGUCUUUUCGUCCAUGAAAGACAUGGCGUCGUUGAUUACAGCCAGGGAGAAGACUCCCCACGCUAUCGACCCCGUCUGAGCGGAUGGUAUGGUGGUGACAGGGCAGUAAGGUUCAAGAUGGACAACAAAUUUCGCCCCAUUCCUGGCGCAGGAGGCUUCCAAAUUUCGAACCCCUCUGCCAUAGACUUGGCAUCUCUUUGCGCUGCACUCUCUGUCUUCAGUGAGACAUCCAUGGUGGAGAUCCGGAAGAAGUCUGUUCUCAUAACUGCGUACCUCGAGCACCUCUUGUUGGACGGCACAACAGAUGAGACACGUCAAUUCCGUAUCAUUACACCUGCAGACCCGAUGGCACGUGGAGCUCAACUGAGUCUCCUCCUGAAGCCAGGGCUUCUUCCAAAGGUUUCCCAAGCUCUGCAGGAUGCCGGCAUCAUCUGUGACAAGCGUGAACCUGAUGUUAUCCGAGUUGCUCCUGCCCCCCUGUACAACAGCUUUACCGAAGUGUGGUCGUUUUGCCAGGUCUUCAAACAGGCACUUGAGGCCAACUAAGGUGUUCACCUCAGUGGCGACUAGACCUGCGCCUGCUAUGACCUUUCCAAGCAUGUUCA